AUGGUAUUUCAUAUAAUUAAUGUUUUACUUGCCUUUUUAACUCGACCAUAUAUUACUGCAGAAAAGUAUUUUGUUCUUUCAUUUCAAUCAUAUUUACCGACACAAUUUGAUGAAAAAUCAUGGUAUAUUCUAUUUGGUUUUAUGACGUUUUGUGCAUUAAUUAUUGCUUACAUACUAAGUCGAUGUAUAACAAUAAAAGAUGCUGAUGAUGAUCCUGUUUAUCAACGAGCAAAAUUUCAUUCAAUGCAAAGAAAACAUGGAAAAAUAAAUUGA